AUGGUGCCAUCGGUUCCCGAUGAGGAAGUCAAACCAUCACUCGAAUGGACAAUCAACAAAGCCGAACAGACAUUUGAAGGCAAGAAUCUCGAGUUGCAGAUCGGGACCCUGUCUGCCACCAACAAUGUUGCUCCUGUGCGCAUCGUCGACGGCGUCAAGUAUGCGGUCAUCAAAAGAGGGCCUGGUGAAAAGUUCAAAGUUCGCAACAACAAGCGCAAGGCCGAAGAUGUCCUCAUGGAUGCUUCAAAUAAUCGGGUCACUGAUGACCAGGCUGGGGAUGACAACGAUCACGCACCUGCCGUGGGUGCUGUGGCUUGUGUCAUCAACAAGAUGACAUGCAAUCAGAUGGUCAUUGAAGCUACCCCAAUGGCCUUGCGAACCCCGCGGGAAGCAGGCCAUUUACUGAAGUGA